GAGCUCCAUCGCAACCGAACUUCCUCCCCUGGUCUGGCCUCCUCUGGGCCCGCGACACGCUGUGAUUGGCUGGCUGUUGCGCAACCAGCUCAGCGUCCAGUUUACCUCGCCAGCUCGCGACCUCUCCUCUUUCCAUCUUCUCUCUUCUCCUUUCCUGUCUCCUACUCGUAAUAUCGUGGUCGCUACCAGUUGGCGACCUCAUAUCAGCCGUACUGUUCCCUCAAUCUUAUAAUAUUUUCUCUCUCAUUCUCAUCUGUAAGCUACAAACUCCACGCAAGCUCUAGCCCACCAUGCCCAUGGAACUGCGCAAGCGCAAGGCGCCGCCGCCGCCUCCGCCUGCCACAGGCAAGAAGCCGGCCAAGAUAGCCAAGACAGUCUCCAAGGCCGCUGAGAAGGUCAAGGAGACGGUCGCCGAAGUCGCUGCGACCGCCAACGGCUCCUCGACCCCCAAGCCCGCCAUCGGCGACAUCAUCUCGCUUGACAGCUUUGGCGGCGAGAUCGAGACCAACGACGGCACCAAGACCACUCUCAAAGCCCUCGUCGACGCCUCCAAGGCCGGCGUGGUCCUCUUCACCUACCCCAAGGCCUCGACCCCAGGCUGCACCCGCCAAGCCUGCCACUUCCGCGACGCUUACGAAGCCCUGACGAGCGCCUCGGGCUUGGCUAUUUAUGGUUUGUCGACCGACUCCCCCAAAGCCAACACGACCUUUCGAGAGAAACAGCACCUGCCCUACCCGCUGCUGUGCGACCCGCAGGCGACGCUGAUUGGCGCCAUCGGCCUGAAGAAGACGCCUGGCAAGGGCACCGUGCGCGGCGUGUUUGUCGUCGAUAAGGCGGGGAAGGUGCUCGCUGCGCAGGCCGGGUCGCCUGAGGGGACGGUGGAGGUUGUUAGGGGGUUGGUGGAGGGCGGGUUGGGUGCUGGUGGUGCUGGUGGGGAGAAGAAGGAGGGGGAGGCUGUGAAGGGGGAGGAAAAGGGGGAGGCGAAGGAGGAGGGGUUCAAAGCAAAAAAGAACGGUGAUGCGCCUCCUCCUGCUGUCGCGGGAGAUGUGGAUGGGGCUAACGGGGAAGAGAAGAGGGAGUAGGGACGGGUUGGUGUAGGAGGAUGCUCAAGGUUGAUGAUGGCUUGUUCCAGUUUCAAGUUGCCCGCGCUUCUCUGCCUGUGUAUGUUGGAUGAGCAAGAUGCCUGGCCACGGAAUAUGUCGACUGAGCGGUGUAUAUAUGUCAUAUUGUAGCGGAUUUUGCCUUUUCUCAUAGCCAUGGGAAUCAACUCAUCG